AAUUCUCUAGAGAUUUGAUUGGCACCAAACCAAACCCAUUGGAUAAGUUUCGACCCAACAAGCCCACACACCUUCAUUUCCCUCGUCACAUACUCACUUUACUUUGCCAUCUCUCUGCUUCAACUCCCAAAUCAAUUCUUCAUCUACACAUCACUCUCAUGGAAGAAGCCAAACAAAUCCAUUCGUUUUUCUUCCAAUUCCUCGGUUUGAUUACUUGAUUUUUUAUUUAUAUUGCUUACUUUUAAUUUGCUAAAUUCUCACUGAUGUAACUUAUAUUUUCAACAUGCAAUUCUGGUUACUCCUAGUUCUCGGACAAAAGGAGAAUUUUCUGCUGAAAAAUUAAUCUUUAGGUAUCAGAUCAUGGUUUAGAUGAAUUGGGUAAUUUAGUAGAGUUUAUAAUUUGGGUUGGGUUGAGGUUAACGAUGUCGUUUAGGAGUAUGAUUAUGGAUAGGAAGGGAUUUGAGAUGAAAUUUGGGUAUAGUAUGAGAUCAAAGUCACAGUCACACUGUGAUGUUAAUGUUACCGAUAGUUCUUUGGUGGUUGAUGGAUUGAAGCAGAGUUGUUGGGCUAAUAUGCCUCCUGAGCUUUUGAGGGAUGUGCUAAUGAGAAUCGAAACCUCGGAUGAUGCUUGGCCUGCCCGGAAAAAUGUUGUUGCAUGCGCCGGUGUUUGUCGGAGUUGGAGAGAACUCAUGAGGGAAAUUGUUAAACCUCCUCAAGCAUCCAGCAAGUUGACAUUCCCUAUAUCCUUGAAGCAGCCUGGUCCAAGGGACUCUCUCAUUCAGUGCUAUAUCAAACGAAAUCGUAACUGUCAAACAUAUUAUCUUUUUCUCUGUUUAAACCAAGCCUCAACUGAUGACGGCAAGUUCCUUCUUGCUGCACGCAAGUGUCGGCGUGCAACCCACACUGAUUAUAUCAUUUCUCUAAACCUCGAUGAUGUAUCAAGAGGGAGUAGCACCUAUGUUGGGAAAUUGAGAUCAAACUUUCUGGGCACCAAAUUUACUGUGUAUGAUGCACACCCUCCAAUUUAUGGAGCCAAAGUUGCGAAGUCUCGUUCCACCAAGCUAGUUAGUCUCAAACAAGUGUCUCCAAGAGUUCCUGCAGGCAACUAUCCCAUCGUGCAUGUCUCAUAUGAUCUGAAUGUUUUGGGCUCUAGGGGACCUAGGAUAAUGCAAUGUGUUAUGGAUGCCAUCCCUGCCGCCGCUGUUGAACCUGGAGGCGAGGCCCCGACACAGACUCGAUUUCUUCACAGCAGAAAUGAUACUUCUCCAUCGAUUCCAUUCUUCCGAUCAAAAUCAACCCGCGCAGAGAAUCUCCAAUCCAUUGUACCUUUGACUAGUCAAGAUGAGGGAAUGCUGGUGUUAAGAAACAAGGCUCCUAGGUGGCAUGAACAACUCCAAUGCUGGUGUUUGAACUUCAACGGACGUGUGACAGUUGCUUCAGUUAAAAAUUUCCAGUUGGUUGCUUCUCCUAAAAACGGAGUUUCUGAGCAGGCCCAAGAAAAUGUUAUUCUACAGUUUGGAAAAGUUGGAAAGGAUGUAUUUACCAUGGAUUACCAGUAUCCAAUCUCUGCAUUUGAAGCAUUUGCAAUAUGCCUUAGCAGCUUCGACACCAAGAUUGCUUGCGAAUGAUUGCUGCAACUAACAGGUGUUAGCUGGUUGGAAUUGGCUACACAAUAUUGCAGGUCUGAUAUAAGCAAUAUAUUCUCUUCUCUGCUAUAAAGUCUCUCUCCCCCUUCUCUCUUGUAUUGUAUAUAUGGUUGUUUGUUGUUGUGACUUGUAUGCGUUGUAUUUAACAAACAUGUAAUUUAUGUUGUAUUUUUUGUGUUAGUUUGUAAACUGACUUAUCUUUUUUGGCCAUGAGUUUGUAGACGAGGAUCUUUUAGACGCAACUAUCGAGUUGUUUCUGUUUGA